UUUUCAUCCAACCCAAAAUUAUUUCGGUUUAUCGCCUGUCUUGGAGCUCCAAAAAUAAGAUACCCCAUUCUCCAAGCACCCAUUGCAGGAUAACAGUUGUAAUGGCGCCAUCCAAGACCUCGACGGUGAAGAACAAGCACGCUUCGAAGCGCAGCGCCAACGGUUCCGGAAUCUCGAACUCGAAGUACUCGACGCGGCCCCAGAAUGACGGCGUGAGCAAGAAGAAGAAGGAAGCGCCGAAGACAGCGAAGGGAACGGGCAAGCCGCGCUUCAAGAAGAGGCGGGUGUACACCGAGAAGGAACUGAAUAUCCCGGCUCUGAAUAUGAUUACGCCGGUGGGCGUUGAGAAGCCGAAGACGGGGAAGAAAGGAAAAGUUUUCAUCGAUGAUAGGGAAUCCAUGCUUACGAUCCUGGCGAUGGUACAUGCCGACAAGGAUGGCCAAAUCGAGUCGAAGAUGAUGAAGGCGCGCCAGAUGGAGGAGAUCCGCGAGGCACGCAAGGCAGAGCAGGAGAAGCGGAUAGAGAUCCGAAAGGCGAAGUUGGACGAGACCAAAGAUGGUAUGCGCAAGAAGCGGAAGCGUGAGAAGUCGGGUGGUGACGCUAUGGAGGGCGUAGAGAGGAUGGAGAGGCUGGGCACAAAACCGCUGAAGGUCAAGAAGAAGACCGUGAGCUUUGCGUAGACGGAAGUCGAGGUAGACGAAGCAAAGAUGUAUGUGGGGGUAUAGCAUUGUUGGGACACUGUGAAAAUGGGUGGGGAGGCGUUGGCGGGGCUUAUAGGCGUUGUCCUGGAUUAGCUGAAUUGCUGAAACCGAUACCAAAGAAUAUGAAAAUUGGCCUUAUUGUAUU